UUGAAAGGUACGUUAUCCGAGGUAUGCAAGCGAGUCGACAAUGUCGAAGCGCGACUGUCUCAACUUGAGAAUAAAACACCGUCCGUGCCUGAGAGUCACUUAUUGGAAGACAUUGCCAACCUGAAGACGGACCUCAACGAGCGCGAGAAGUCAUGUCUAUUGAAGGACAUUGAGAUCUCAGGCAUUACUGAACGGAAUGGGGAGAAUCUGCAGCACGUAGUAGGCCUCAUUGCGCGUAAGAUUGGCAUCACAUUAGAAGAGCGCGACAUUGUUUUGGGGUAA